AUGGACGGAUUGUUGAUUGAUUCAGAGGAGUACUACACAAUCUGUACCAAUGAAGUACUCCGCGAGUUCGGCAAGCCUGAUCUACCAUGGAGCAUCAAAGCGCAAUUGCAAGGACGGCCAGGACCCGAGGCGCAGCGCAUCUUCCACAACUGGGCCCAACUCCCCAUAACCCAUGACGAAUUCAUGGCCAAGCAAACCCAGCUCCAGCGCCAACACUUCCCCCGCACGCAACCCCUCCCCGGCGUCCGCAUUCUCCUCUCAACCCUCCAAUCCAGCACCUCCCCCAAGGUCCACCUCGCCCUAGCAACAUCCUCCCACGCCGGGAACUUCGGCCUCAAGACCGGCCACCUCGAAGACCUCUUCUCCGCCUUCCCGCAAGAAAACCGUGUCCUAGGCGACGACAAGCGGAUCAAGCCCGGCCGGGGGAAGCCUGCGCCUGACAUCUACCUCCUCGCACUCGAGACCAUCAAUGCGCGGUUGCGGCAAAGUGGCGAGCGCGAGAUCGAGCCAGCUGAGUGUCUCGUGUUCGAAGACUCAGUGCCGGGCGUCGAGGCCGGGCGGAGAGCUGGCAUGCAGGUGGUGUGGUGUCCGCACCCAGGGCUGCUGGAGGAGUACAGGGGGCGCGAGAAGGAGGUGUUAGCGGGGUUGAUGGGGGAGCAUACGGAGGAUGAUGAGUUUGCGGAUGAGGCCAAGGCGGAGGCGGCAAGAAUUGUGGGACAGGCGGAGGGGGAGACGGGGAAGCAGUUUGGGAAAACGGUUAAUGGAACACCGGGUCAGGUGGAUGAUGGUUGGGCGAGGCUGUAUGAGACGCUGGAAGAUUUUCCGUAUGAGAGUUAUGGAAUUAAGAUAAUGGCAAAUCUAUAG